AUGAAGUUUGUAGAGUUCUUAUGGGCAGGAGGACAUGGAGUUGAUCAAUCUACUUCUAGAGAUCCUCCAUUGCCUGAACAUAGAGAGGAAGAUGAUGAUUACAAUUCGAGAAAGAAGAAGAUAUCAACAAGUCAAGGAGUUUGGACUUCUCUUCAUGGGAGAGCUAGAAGAGAAUCAAAUCACAAAUGGAAGCGUUUAGCUUUCAGAGGAAGAUUAAGCAUUACCGCAGUUAUGAAGGAUAUUCCUAGUGGAAGAAAGAGACUUCUCUUCUCUGCUUGUUUGGAUAGAGCGAAUGGCUUGGCUGCCAACCUGGUUGUGGAGAGGAUGAAGCAUGGGAACCCGAGUAGUAGAUGCGGGCCCAGCACCCACACCCUUUGGAGUGGCAGGUAUGAAAUUUCGGGGACGAAAUUUUUAUAA